AUGCCUCUACCGCCAUACCUCACGUCCUUCGCCUCGUCCCGCGCCCACCAUGCUCUCCUCGUCAAGCUGGACGGUGCUGCGUCCGCACAGGCAGAGGACGCAGCGGUCAUACAGGAGGUUGAGCGCUGUCGGAACCUGUUGGCCACCAAUCCCAGCUCGUCUCGUAUAGCAGAGACUCUUAUCAUUCUCCUCAACUGCGCGAUGACGUCGCACACCAAGCUCGACCUCGAGUUCGCCCUCGUGCCCGCCCUGCACCUGGCCGAAGGCGGGCGGACGAUGAGGGAACGCAGACGAGGAUACCUGUACCUCUCCGAACGCCUUCCGCCGGGCCACGAGCUGCAUUUGAUGCUGGUCAACACCAUCCGAAAGGACCUGGCAAGCUACGAACACGCACAUAUCCUCGCGGCACUGCAUGCCAUCGUUCACCUUCCAGGACACGACCUCGCGCCUGCCGUCGUGCCGUUGCUGGUGUCUAAGCGGUUGCUGGAACAUGACGAACCCGCGAUUCGCCAACGGACCAUCCAGGCCAUCUCGGCGCUGUCGGUCGGCCGCGCAUGGCCCCUGUCGCUAAAGGAGAUUGCCAGGAGGAUCAGACAUGAAGACGACCCCUCGGCUCUCGCUGCCGUGUUGAGGAUAUACGCCCAGGCCCUCGAGUCUGGGCUACGCGAGGCAGACCCCGCGCGCCGGAAACGCCAGUUUGACAGCGUGUUCGCGGCCGCGGCGAGGCGGAUGGACUCUGAUUCCCCGCUGGUGAUCUCCGCUAUCCGUGCGCUGGUCGCGAUUGUCAGGACACUCCCAAGGCAUUACGAAGAAGGCGACGCCGAGAGCAGAGACGAGCUCGUGUCGCACGCCAUCACUCAGACUCGUAGCCUGCUGGCCGAGGCCGUCGAGCUGCACACCACACCCGGCGUGUCGCAAUGGGCAAGAGCCUGCCUGUUCGAAACGAGUGCCCUCGCAGCUGCGCUGUUCGAGAUUGACGGCCGACUGGGACCGGCAGUCGAGACCCUCAUGAACCAUUUACGGCAAUUCCUCCUCCCCCAACGCGACAAGGGCAAGGGCAAGGCCACCCCGCCCGCUGCGGUCAGAGGUCCGACUCCGGCAGACGUCGCCAACAACCGUAUCCUUGCCCUGCGGUGCUUUGGCCUCCUGCCAGCCGCGGCGUGGCAGGACGGCCUGACGGAGGCACACAUGGCCGCCCUCAUGGGUGGCGUGGACAGCAACGAUCCGACUCUGCGGCGCGAGACGCUUCGCCUCCUUGCCAAAGUCGACCGGAACCUGCCCCUCAUGACACUCCAGUCCCACCUCGAGGCCAUCCGGAGUGGCCAAGGUGUACCUCUCGCGCCUGAUGUCGAGGGUGGCAAAUCUCGCCGAGAUGGCGUGGCCGACGGCCGGACGGAGGCGGCAUGCCGGGCGCUCGAGACGACAGACAUUCUCGCCCAAGGGCUCGAUGACGCGGAGCAAGGCACACAGAUUGCAGACGGCGUGUCUGAUAUCUCCAAGGCCCUCCGUGACGGCGGGGACAGCAGCGUGUGGCUCAAGGGCGUGCAGACCGUCCUCGGUGACCUGCAGAGUUCCAGCCACGAUUUCAGGCAGGCCUUUAUCAAGUCUGCCGCCGAGUCACUCGCUCAAGACCCGCAAGACUCGACCCUCGCUGUCCUCCUCACGACCGUCGCGGUCGAGUACCCAGGCUCAGAGCUGGAAUCGACCAUCUCGGCCCUCCUGCCCGCCCUCGACCACUCGCCGGCGUCGGUACAGGAACUGAUUGUGCUCGCCCUCGUCCCACUGCUUUCUGGAACCGCUUUGGCCCAGCGAGACGCGUUGGCGACGGACAUUCUGGCCUCGCUGGAACGCGUCAAGGCGGCCGGAGCGAUCAAACACAUGGUCAAGCGGUGUACCGAGGUUGCCCUGAUUGUCGAGCGGGGAAUGGUGGAUGAUGUCGUCAGGCGGUCGAAAUCGAGAGCUCUCAACGACGUGCUCGACGCCAUCCUUAUCGUGUACGCCGAAGCGACCAAGCCGCCAUCGAGGGACACGUCGUCGCCCGCAAGCACACCCAUGUCGGCGAGCAUGACGGCCUCGGCGCUCCGGUACGACGCGUACGCUUCGCCCUCGACGGGCAGCCCACGCCGCGUGACUUCACCGCUUGGGCGAGGAGCCGAACUGAGCCAAAGCGUCAGUACGAACAGUACCAGCAGCAGCAACAAUAAGAACAAGAACCACGCCAACUGGGCCGCCAUGGGGCGGAGUACCCUCGUCGAGGCGGAUGAGCUGGCCAUGGAUGAUCUGGGCAUCACGGGCGGUGGCGGCGGCUCGGGGUCGCGCGGGUCAAGCGAGCGAUCGCGACAUGCGUACGGCAUGCACGGCUCGCACAUGCACGGCGGGGCGACGCCGACCGAUCGUACGCCGAGGCUACGGGCCGCAGACUAUUGA